AUGGCAGGGCAAUUCAUGACGAUUCGUCCUAUCGACGUCAAUCGUUACACGAUGGAGAGGCUUGUCUUGAGAUCCCCUCCGUCUCCUAUCAACUAUGUGGCACUUACACAGCCGUGGCCACCAAUCCGUAUGGUGACGCUCACUCUUCAGCAAUUCUCCAAAUUGACCAGUCCGAUCAAGAAGGUUGAACUUCAAUCAUCAUCAUCCUUUGAGCCCACACAUUCUUCACCAUUAUCUUCAAGCGUAGAUUCUUGCCAAAUGGAUCAUCCCUCUGGAGUCGACCUCAGUGAGAAAUCGAGCGAUAGCUAG